AUGACAGUAUGCCUUGACCUCAACGACCAUAAAAGGACGUUUCCCCAGUCCAACAAAGACAAAAUGCUCUCAAUCCUAGCGCUUUUACUGCUGGCCUUUUGGUCUCCUACAGCUCAUACAGUCUCGCUCGGUCGAUUCCCCGUCUCUAUCACUUCCGCUCAACUCAACGACAUUGCUCGUCUCGACCCCUUUGCGCCUAAGCCACAGCACCGUACUUUCAUGGUAUCGAUAUUCGAACUAGUUGAGCACGACUGCAAAGCAAUCUCAUCCCCAUAUAUGCCACCCCUAACAGCCGCAUACGAAGACGCCAAAUUCUCCGCGUACGGCGUUCCGGAAGGCACCUUCCCAGAUCUGACCAUCAAAGUAUGCCAACCGACGACCAAACCCUUGUCCAACCAACGCACAAACAAAGUGGUCCUCUUCUCCGGAGCCCUAGGAACAUCCCGCUACCUCUACAGCGCCCUCAUCGCCACCGUCGCCAGCAGAGGCUACACCAUCAUCGCCGUCGACCACCCCUACGACACCGACAUCGUCGAGUUCCCUUCCGGAAAGACCAUCAUCGGACUGAACCUUACCGACGAGCAGAUACCGCUCGCCGUCGAGACCCGAGCGAGGGAUCUAAGCUUCGUCCUGGACCACCUUUCUCGUACUACGAAAAGCUGCCCCGGGAGACCGAUUCAGGCAGUUGCUUUCAGCCACUCUCUCGGCGGCGCCGCUGCAAUUGCUGCUCUCCGUGAUCCUCGUAUCCUGGGCGCCCUGAACUUGGAUGGUAGCGUGUUUGGUCCAGCCGUCAAUGCUUCGACGAAUAAGCCUGUGCUUCUCUUCGGCCACGAUGGGAAGAAUCGCACCACGGAUCCGACUUGGGGAGAGCUGUGGCCGCAUCUGAGUGGCUGGAAGGCUGAGGUAGAGUUGGUGGGGAGUGCGCAUUACUCCUUCAGCGACUGGCCAGUGAUUGCAGACGAGGUUUUUGGUGGCGUUGAGAAUUUGCCGGCGGAAGCAGCAGAACUGAUCGGGAAGAUUGGAGGAGAGAGGAUGACGGAGAUAUUGGGAUCUUAUGUGACAGCGUUUCUGACAUUGUCUUUUGGAGGGAAGAUCGAUGGAUUGUUGAAGGGAGAAAGUAAAAGAUUCCCGGAAGUGCUUUUUCUCGAAUAG